AUGAAGUUUACCAUUUUUUCAGGUCAUGGGCAGGUGUUAAAUUGCUUUAGGUGUGUCAGCAGUGUUUCCUGGAAAGAAUGCGCCUACCAACAAUAUGAAACAAAAUGCAGCCAAGAGAAUGACGCAUGUAUAACCGUGAAGUUCCAGGGGAGGUAUGGGGAGACUGGCUUUGUGAGGUAAGAACAAUUAUAACGCAUAGUUCCUCAGAAUGAUCGGCCUGGUUUAUGCAGUGGCAUUAUACAACCCAACCCAUGUAGUGGACCAAUAAAAAAAAUAAAUAUAUAAAUGAAUAAAUAAAAAGGGAUACACUGUAGUUGACUAUGUGUUGUACUUCCCCCUCCAACAACAACUGCACUAAUAUGAACAUUGAAUGUAAAUUCUGUUUUGAGUUGGAGAGUGUGUAUUCUGGAUAUGAGCAUUUUUAUUCAUCUGUCAACAACAGCAACAAUUUUUCUUUAUCGGGGAUUAUUAUCUAACUCCAAAACAGGAACACCUUCUCACUGCCAAGUCUUUAAUGGCCACAUGCUACUAUUAGCUGUCCAGUUAUAAACCAAUUAUAGAAACUUGCAGUACCAAAUCUCAAUUUCAGAAACAUCUCUUGAUAUAGUGUAGUUUGAACCCUGGGGUAGUAUUUAAUUGUGCGGUCAGAUUAUGCGGGUGAAAGUGGUACUGAUGACUGUUGCCAUCAGUGUUGACUGACACUUCAACAACCUCAGCAGAAAUCAUCUUUAGAGUCAAGUGAAUAGGUUUUGUCAGCAGAGUGUUAAAAGUCCAGUUUGCAGAGACUGAUUGGUCAGUUUAGCUGGCAUGUUAUUGGCAAUAAGACUCAAGUGGUGUAAUAAUAAUAAUAAUAAUAAUAAUAAUUAUAGCCAGAAUUUAUAUAGCACACAUAUCAAAAAGAAAUCUCAUGGCGUUAUUUAAUAAGUAUAAGAAAUUACUUAAAAUUAAUUUAAAAAUGAACACAAUAACUGUCCAUAAAAGACAUGUACUGGUGUAUCUGGUGUAAGUGACAGUUGUGAUUGGUGAGUUUUGAUCCUUAAGUCAUUGUAACAACAUUUUUUAUUUUCCAGAGACUGUGUGAAGAAGAAAACAUGUAAAAAGGCAGAACUCAGCCAAUGUCAGCAAACAGAGCAGUGUGACUUUGAAUGUUGUAGAGGUGAACUUUGCAACUCUGUCCUCAAUGCACAGUCCAGCAGAAUCCUGUUUAUGCUGUGCAUGUCAAGUCUUUUAUUAUUGUUUUAA